CAUUUAAAAAUAGAGGAAAAUAUCAAAACAGUAAUAUCUUAUUACUAUUCAAAGGUGAUGUUAGCGAAGAAGUAAAAUCUGCAAUAAUGCAGAAACGAGUAAAUCCGUGGAUUAUAUCUAUAUCUCCUAUGAUAUCUAUAACCUUGUGGCAGAUGGCUUGUGAAACUUAUGCUGAGCAGCUCCAAGAGGAUGAAAAUGCUGACCCCAUGGAAAUAGUCACAUACUUACUUGCUUGUCAUAAAGUAGAGAAAGCCGUACACAUUCUUAGUAACAAAAUGAUGUUCAAAGAAGCGUUUGUCCUAGCUAAAACGCGCCUCGGUGUAGAUAGUCCUUUACUUACUGAAGUACUUGAAAAAUGGGGCAAAGACUUGAAUUAUCAUGGGGCAUUUGCGCGGGCAGCACAAUGCUACGUAGUUAUCGGCAAAUACCAAGAAGCGGCGUCAGCGUUGUUUAGGCUUAAAACAUCGAACCUUGAGUUGUUAGAGUUGGGCGUCGAGCUUGCUCAGUUGUCUGGAAACGAAGAAUUGCUUAAGGCUCUGCAAUUCAAGUUCAAUGCAUUUAAGUCAGAAGAAACUGCAGAAGAUAACACUGGAGUUGACGAAAACGAAAAUGUGAAAAAACAGGUAGGUAUUGUUGAGAACAGUAAUAUAAAUGGAGGAAAUGAAGUUACACAAGAAAAAGAAAAUGUAAUCAGGGAAUCUACAGGUGACAGUCCAAUAGAAUGCAGUUUAGACAAACUAAAUGCCCAAGAAAGCACAGAAGUUGUUGAGGGUGAUUUAAAAAAUGGAGAUAUAAAAGAAAAAGAAUGCUCUGUGGAUAAGGAAUCUGUAGAUAAUGGGAACUUAAUAGAACCCUGUACCCAAACUGUAGAGUUUGAGCGUUCGAUAGAGUGUAGCUUAAAUGAACAGUGCAGUUUAUCAAAAACAGACGCUAUUGAGGUCAGUAUUAAAAACGGAGUUGAUGUGACUGUUAAAGAAAAUGACAUUUCUGUCAAGGAGUCGGUAGAGUAGGCAGAACAAAACAGUGAUAAAAACAAAGAUAUUAUCUAAGUUUCUAAAUCUAAAAUUUUAAGUUCAGCAUAAUAAGAUGCUUAUGACUGAGAAGUUUUAUUUUUUUUUAUUUUAUAGUUUUAGGUUUAUUAUUUGACUGAAUGAUUUACUUAUUUUUGAUUGAUUCCGUAUUUAAUAUUGUGUUGUUUUGUUAUUUUGAAGCUGAUCUGUUAAUUAAGAUAUAAGAAAGUAAUCUUUACGUUUAUACUAUUUCGAUUGUUGAAAUAAAUGUUUUUGGUAAUGACAUUUCUGUCAAGGAAUCGUUACAAUAGACAGAAAAAAUUGCCAUAAAAACACAGAUGUAAUAUCUGAGUUUCAAAAUCUAAAAGUUAAUAGUUCAUCAUAAGAUACUUGUGAUUGAGAAGUUUUGUUUUUUUUAUUAUGUUAUAGGAUUAUUGGUUUGACAAUAUGACUUAUUUUUAAUGGAUUCUGUAAUUAAUAGAAUGCUAUUUUGUUACUUUCAAGCUGAUCUGUUAAAUAGAUAUAAGAGUGUAAUACUUUAAGUUUGUCCUAUUUCAAUUGUUGAAAUAAAUGUUCAUUUC